AUGGUCCAGGAGAGAUCGAGGACCACUGUCAGAUUUAACCUUACACGACCAUCUGCAGCUUCCGUUCGAUCAGCACAAUCAGCCGGAUCAUUUCUGAGCCGGCAGCCUUCAGACGAUGAUAAAGAUUGGAACAAAGCUCGCGCAGACCCGGACACCUCGGAAGAGAUAUCCUUCUUCAUUCACUACUGGAAGAUAUUUCUGAGAGUACUCUUCGCGCUCACUCUAAGUGCUUUGACUUUUGGAGCUGCGGUCACACAACAGGGAACAUUUUCAGUCCUCGCCUCUCAUCUAGUGCCAGCUGUAGGCAGAGCACAGAGUCUUUUCUCUGAGCUGCCAGCAUUUACUCCCGAGCUUUUAGGAAGAUAUAGCUUCAAUCUCUGGCUUGCGCUCAUUCUCCCGAAUCUUUAUACUUUCGCAAAUUGCAUUUACUUCUGCAUAUUUCGUCAGGCGCAGCUGAUACGAAAAAAUGACAAGAGUAUCGACUGGUUUCAUAUUUUGCUCCCUGCCGGACUAGAAUUGGUUUUCGUAGCAGCACAAAGCAUUUUCGCUUUCUUUAUCUGCCCUCUCAUGGUAAGACCCCUGAUUAUUGCAUCUGGACAACUUGUUACUUUUGUCCCGCUUAUCUUCAAAAUAGUCGCGGAAUUUUCAGAAUUCAGAGAUUUGCGUUGGCGAAGAGAUAAAACUUUAAAAAUCGUGAAAUGUUCUGUCUGUGUGCUUGCCUUCAUUGCUGGAGCCGCAGCAAUUAUCGCCGCCGUCUUUAUGUCUCCAAACUUUAUGGUCUACGAUCUCAUUUAG